CUGGUAGGAUUCACAACUCUUUCCUGCAUUGAAGGCAAGAACACUGUCUCAGAAAGAAGUUGAUUUACAGCAAGAAUUUCCAGGUCAUGUAACACUGGUGUUACUGUGGAUCAAAGCGUAUGGAGAGUCUAUGUGUGACAAGUACAGACUCCCAUUUGUGAAACACUUUCAUGGAGAGCCUCUUGCACAGUAUUAUGAGAUAAGUGCUUUAGAUGGUUUUUUCUUCAAAGCAUUUAAAGGAGUAAUUGAAAAAAAUUUAAGGAAAGAAAGGCCUGCAGACAGACAUGAUAACUACCUCUUCUUUAGCGGUAACUUAAAGCCCAUCAAGAAGAAAAUCAUGGAGAAUGAAAUUGUGGGACAUGCUUAUCUUGUAGACUGUAAUGGGUUAAUAAGAUGGAAGGCGCAUGCUAAUCCUGCUGAGUUGGAAAUCAAUCACAUGUUGGACUGUUCACAACUGUUACUUAAAGAGGCAAAAAGAACUCUUAACUCUGAAGACAAAGUUCCCUGGAAUAGCAGAUGAUAAAUGUGGUGAUAUUAU